GGGAGGCUAUCGGACAAGGUUUUUUUUUUUCCUACGCGCCAAUGUGAAUCCGAUCCAUGUCAGGGCGACAUCAAACCAGGCGAAGCAAAAUCACUCAGUGAAUCAUGCCGAACCCAUUUCUUGAAAAGUUGUUUGCCCUGGAUGGCCGCGUAGCCGUCGUCACUGGCGGCACACGCGGCAUCGGCCAGGCCAUGGCUGUCGCCCUCGCCGAGGCCGGCGCCGACAUCAUUUUGAUCCAGCGAGACGAGUCAGACCUUGAGACCAAGAAGCAGGUCGAGGCGCUCGGCCGCAAGGCCUCCGUCUACACAUGCGACCUGUCAUCUCAGGAAGCAGUCGAGAAGCUCGCGGGCCGCGUGCUGGGCGACGGGCACGACGUGUCCAUCCUCGUGACGUGCGCCGGCAUCCAGCGGCGGCACCCGGCGCACGUCUUCCCCAUGUCGGACUGGGACGAGGUGCUGCAGGUGAACCUCAAGACGGUGUGGACGCUGGACCGGGACUUUGGGGCCUACAUGCUCGGCCGCCCCGCGGACCGGACCACGGGCCACCGCGGCAGCGUCAUCAACGUGGCCUCGCUCAUGUCGUUCCAGGGCGGCAUCACCGUGCCGGCGUACGCGGCGGCCAAAGGCGGCAUCGCGCAGCUGACCAAGGCGCUGAGCAACGAGUGGGCGAGCAAGGGCGUCAACGUCAAUGCCAUCGCGCCGGGCUACGUGGCGACGGACAUGAACGAGGCGCUGCUCAACGACGAGGCGCGCGCGGCGAGCAUUCUGGCCCGCAUCCCGGCUGGACGGUGGGGCAACGCGGAUGAUUUCAAGGGCGCCACCGUGUUCCUGGCGGGUAGGGGGAGUCUUUACGUGUCUGGGGAGUUGUUGACCGUUGACGGUGGGUGGAUGGGGCGAUAGAGACGUAAAUAGGAGCAAGCAGAAAAAAGAUAAAAACACAAACCUCAACUAUCUGCCUCACA